CUUAGGAUUUCUGGUGUAUCUAAACACGUUGAAAUGGAAUCUGUAAUUAGGAGUUUGGGACUACGGUUGUGUCGCUGUACGGAGUAAGAGAAGACUCACCGGCGACUCACAGAGACCUCGCCAACUCGCUUUCGCCGGUGAGCGUUGGGUGGAGAGAUUGAAGCUUGAGAAACCACAGCGGAGGCGAUAUAUUUUUGUAUUAUAUUUUUUAGGAUUUCCCCAUUUUCUAUUUGCGAGGAUGAGUUCACCUAGGCAUUCAAAUAGUAGUGUCAGUGACAACAAAGAAGAGAGGCCGAGGUUCUUCGACGCCAAGACGAAGGCCUUGUGCUGGGCCAAAGCUUCUGUUGUCCCCGGCCGCCACCCUGAACGGUGGCGAUAUGAUGCCGCUGGUAACAUCGUCUGCAAGAGGUUUUGCAAUUGCCAGGGAUGUCUUUGUUUCGAGUACGAUCACAUUGUACCAUAUUCGAAAGGUGGGGAAUCUAUAGCAGAGAACUGCCAAAUUCUUCAAACCAGGGUCAACCGGUUUAAAUCGGAUAAAGCAGUGGUGGAUAGAACUGAAUUGGAAGGUUUCUCUUGUGAUGUGAAGUUUACUGACAAGGAGCUGGACAUUAUUGAAAUGGCUGUUUAUGGAGAUGUGCUACGACCUGGUAAUCAAUGUCGUUGCAGAACUGUUGCUGAAAUGCUUGGUCAAUACAAGUCAAAGGAUCGCAUGGCUGCUUGCAAACUUCCACAAAGUGAAACUUUAUAGGAGAUGAAGUUAGAGAUUGCAGGUUUGAUGCUGUGUACUAAUUAUAUCUAAAUCUGUGAUCUGAUAUUGGAUGUGGCAAUCGAUGUCUUCGUUCAUUAAUCGCGUUUUGUAGUGUUGUAUCAAAUAAAUUGAAUAGACACCUGUACGUCAUUGGAUAACAGACCUUGGGAACAUUUUCAUAUUGCAAAACAGGGAUAUCUUUUUGUUUUUUUAA